AUCGUGCUUGACCUCGAUGACUUUACCCCAGAUCCUUCUAGAGCAACUCAAGAAAGUUAAUCCAGCAGCCGAGUUUUCUGGAUCGCUGCCAAGGAUUCAGUCAUCUCUGGGCGACACAUAUUUCGCCAAAGUGGGUCGUCCGAGCGAAGCUGAACAGUAUGAAGGGGAAGUCGAGUCACUUAAAGCCAUUAAUGCCGCUGCGCCCGGUCUGGCACCUAAGGUCAUCGCGUCUGGUAUUGAGAAUGGUCGCCCAUAUUUCAUCUCAGAGUAUAAGGUCCUCGGAGGCCUGUCGAACUCCUCUGGAGCGGAGCUUGGAAAGCGUUUGGCUACCGAAUUACACCGGUAUAGUUCUGACCGCGGCUUUGGAUUUCAUGUGCCGACGUUCUGUGGGGCUACCCGUAUGAAAAACGGGUGGUUUGACACUUGGGAGGAAUGCUACAGUGAGAUGAUAGGAGACUUACUUAACCAACUCAAGGGGGAAGGAGGGCGGUACGACAAGCUCUGUCGGAAAGGAGAGGAGAUCAGAGAGAGGGUUAUCCCAAAUCUUCUAGGACCGUUGAAGAUUAAGCCGGUCCUAUUGCACGGCGAUCUGUGGAGUGGCAAUACUGGGCUCGAGAGGACAACUGGAAAGCCGAUAAUAUUUGAUCCAUCAUCAUUCUAUGGGCAUAACGAAGCAGAUUUGGCUAUCGCGAGAAUAUUCGGCGGAAUUCCUCGGUCAUUCUUUACAACAUAUCACCAACAUUUUCCCAAAACCGAGCCUAUCGAACAAUACGAGUUGCGAGGUGACUUGUAUGAGCUCUUCCAUUACUUAAACCACACAGUCUUGUUCGGAGAAGGCUACGCAUCAAGUGCAGAAGGAAAGAUGGACAGGCUGCUAAGAAUUGUGUGAAGUUUUUACACAACAUAUGUAAACAAAUGAGCCAUUCAAGCUCAACACCUGUAAAUAGUGGCUGAAUAACUUCUUGAUCCA